CUCAUCCAAUCACUUCCUUUUCUGUCUUCAACAGUAUCUUCCCACAUUAAAUACCAACUGUGUAGUAUAGUACUACUUCAAUGUUAACUAUGUUCUUCUUUUUUUGUUCUCAUCUCCACACCAUGUCCUAAUCUUUCUGCACCAUCGUUCUCCAUUUUUGGCUUUACAAAACCACUGUGUCUGAUUAAGGGUUCUUUAAUAUUUCCAAUAUUUCUUGUAGUGAAAAAGUUGUUAGCUAAAAGAAGACCAAGUUUUUGGUGUUGUAGAAGCAAGAGAAGAAUUAACAUGAAAAUUCAGUGUGACGUGUGUGAGAGAGCUCCAGCAACAGUGAUUUGUUGCGCGGAUGAGGCUGCUUUGUGUGCCAAAUGUGACGUUGAAGUUCAUGCUGCAAACAAGCUUGCAAGCAAGCACCAAAGGCUUCUUCUUCAAUGUCUAUCAAGCAAGCUUCCCACAUGUGACAUUUGCCAAGACAAGCCAGCAUUCAUAUUUUGUGUUGAAGACAGAGCACUCUUCUGUCAGGAUUGUGAUGAACCAAUUCAUUCAGCCGGAAGCCUUUCCGCGAACCACCAGCGCUUCCUUGCUACUGGUAUCCGAGUGGCCUCGAGUUCUAAUUGCACCAAAGACAAUGAAAAAAGUCACUCGGAGCCUCCUAAUAGGAGUGCACAACAAGUUUCUGCGAAAAUUCCUCCUCAGCAAGUGCCUAGCUUCACAUCCUCUUGGGCUGUUGAUGACUUAUUGGAACUAACAGGCUUUGAAUCACCUGAGAAAAAGGAAUCUCUGCAGUUUGGAGAGCUGGAAUGGCUUACAGAUGUGGGUAUUUUCGGCGAACAAUUUGCUCAGGAAGCCUUGGCUGCAGCUGAAGUACCUCAGCUUCCCGAAACUCAUAACAGUAGCAGUGUUGCUUCAUACAAAACCUCCAAAUCCUACAUGUCCCACAAAAAGCCUAGGAUUGAAGUCCUAAAUGAUGAUGAUGAUGAUGAUGAGUAUUUUACUGUGCCCGAUCUCGGCUAAGUACGUGGCUUGCCAUAUGGGAUGGUGCAUGCAUGAUUGGAAAAGAUUAAUUAUGGGAAAAUAAUUGUUUUUUUUAAGCUCUAUUAGUAAAUUGUCAAAAAAGAAUAUUAUUUUCCCAAAAAAACUAUUCCAUUCAGACAUGUUGAUAUGUUGUAUAUUCAAUUAUUAUGAGAACGAUAAUUUUCACAAGUUGUGUGGAGUUGAUUAAGUAUUGUACUUAAGGUGUUUUUUUGCUGGAUAGCAUAGAAUCCAUGCCUUUGGGGAAUAAAUUUUCCUUGUCCUUAUGCUUCAUACACUAGGGGGGAUUCUCCCACGGUCACAUCUUCCCCAAUCCCCCUCGAAUUUGAGACGGUUAAUUCCAUUUUGUUUGUAUG